AUGGACCGGGCUCUCCAUCGACUCCGGGCGGGCAGCUUUCCAGUCAUAGCCGUAAACGUGGGAUGGGGAGGACAGCCUGUUCGCGUUGCAAGACCAGGAAGCAGAGGCUGUACAAAAUCAGGGGCAUCAUGCGACCUGCAAAAUAUUCGCGGCGAAGACCUGGUCGUGGCAAAGUAUGUUCAAAGCCUGGAAAACAAGGUCGCCGACCUAGAGAUGCAACUCCAGCGGCACCAGCCCACGCGGGCUGAACAGCCGGAUGCUAGGUUUCCUCCAGGCGGAUUGCCGGGGCGUAUCAGCAUUGGCGAUGUCCAAGUCAACUCUCUCUGUUUCGACCUACCCAAUACAUCUUCGUUCGCCAACUCCUCGCAGUUUGGGCUUCAUCUUGCCCUCAAUCUCAGUGAUGUCGCGCAAGCUUCAACUGUGAGCAAGGCUGGAACGACCAGCCCCCAGUCAACCGGGGAUUUCCAUUCUCAGGAUGACCGUUCGGAUACCUCGCCCAGUUCGGGGAACUAUCCAUUCACCGCCGUUAUGGACAAUCAUGCAGAGGGUGCUGGACCGCCUCCAGAGGAGCUGGGUACGAAGCUAAUCGAGACCUACUCGGAGAGACUAGAUUGGAGGUAUCCUUUCUUGGAUCUGGACCAGAUUGUGGAACUUCACCAAGAGAGAGAAAUUCUCUCGCGUGUGGAACCGCAGUCCCUAACAGCGAACCAGCGAUUUGGAUUAUUUAAAUUGUACCUCGUGUAUGCUGUAGGGUCUGGGCUGCUGGCUUUGACAGAAAAACAGACGUCCUCACCAACACCGGAGGCUUUUUAUGCAACAGCCAUACAGCAUAUUUCAGCAGCACGAGAACCUCAAUCCCUCGAGAGCAUCGAGGCCAUGGUUCUUCUGGUGAUUUUCCACCUUCGGUGCUCCCUUAGCCAAGAGCUAUGGUACUUAAUUGGGUUCGCCAUGCGUACCUGCGUUCACCAGGGGAUGUACCUUUCCCGGCGCGAGGUUGAUCUACCCCCCACGACCAUACAAAAGCGACGAAAGCUCUUUUGGACUGUUUACUCUCUCGAGCGCAACAUUUCCAUCGCACUCGGCUACCCCGUCAGUCUCCCUGAUCGGUUGAUUGACGUGGAUAUGCCCACUGUGAUGCGAGACGAUGACCACAAAUUACGGCAGGCCAUCCAUAUUUUCCAACUCAGAAGAAUUGAGUCUCGCAUUCAUCAUUCUAUAUACCGCAAUGACCGCACCCUGCAAGUUUUACUACCUAAGACGAGAGGGCACUUCCAGAAAUUACAAGAGUGGAAGGACAGUAUAGUGGCGUCUGUGGAUCUAUACAGCAGCCGUCGCCUGGAUUACUUCCUUCUUCAUUAUCACCGAGCCACGCGCCUCCUCAUCCAGCCUUUCCUCUCUAUUUUGCCGAGUUCUGAUCCUUACUACAACGCCUGUCUAGAGUCGGCGGGUCAGAUCUGUCAAAUUCACAAAAGACUGCAUCAGAACUCCGAUUAUGGACACAGCUUCAUCGCCGUGCAAACGGUCUUUGUGUCUGGCAUAGUGUUGCUCUACUGCCUGUGGACGCAUGGGAGUGACGUGUGGAGUGUACGGUUAAGCAAUAAUAUUCGAGCAUGCUCGAGCGUGCUGUUCGUCAUGGGAGAACGAACCCCAUGGGUACGACGAUACCGGGACGCAUUUGAGGCGCUUGUGAGCGUUACCAUGGAGAGACUGGAGACACAACAAACAGGCACUGGAGUAGGUGGUGCGGGCACCACAGAAGAUAUUCCUAUGAACGAUACUGCAGUCCCGGAGGUCCGGGAUACUCAAAUUCGCGGCAAUUCGGUCAUUUCGAACGGCGAGUUUAUGAAUGGAUCCGGAUCUGUCCCAGGAGAGCAUAUGCCGCCGCCGCUGCAGGUAUUACAGGACCGAUGGAUGGAAUUCGAUACCAUGGCAGUUGUCAAUGAGCUUGCAACCUGGGCAGAUCCCGACACGCCCUCAGCGCAAAUACCUUGGACACUCGGCUAUGGCGACUUUGGAGAUUGCAGUUGGGAGGAAUGGCAGUUGCCGUAG